CCGAUCCACGAGUAGUCUACAAAGAAGAUAGUUAUUACCCAAACCGACCUUGUUGCAUUGACAUCAAAUCAGCGCCUGCGCAUACCCUUCUUGGUUUGUUCCCAAAUUCGUUAUGUUCUUUUUCCUUGGCUUGCCCCCCUAUGUUCUCUCUGUGAAUCUCUAGGUCUCUCGGGUUCCACGGGUCCGUUUCGUGCUGACCAGACGUUCCGCCUAGCACUAAUACCAUUCGACGCAUCUAGGUACAUGUACCCGCAAUCUGCGAUCGUUUAUAUCCCUAUGCGAUCCGCCAGCUCUUGACUUUCCGAGCCACCCUCACCCCGUUUUCCCUAUGACGAAAUCAGAAAAUCAAGAGAGGCCCAACAGCCGACAGCAAAGUCCAGCUCCUGACGUCCAAGACAAGAAAGCGGAAAAUAGCAAAGAGGAGCGAAAGAGUAAUGGCCUCGCUAGCUAUUGGCGCAUUUUCAGAUAUGCGGAUCGUACAAGCUGGAUACUCAACAUAAUUGCAGCGAUUGCAGCGAUUGCAGCAGGGACCAUCCUCCCUUUGAUGGACUUAGUCUUCGGAAAAUUCGUCACAACAUUCACAAGAUUCGGAACUGGAACUCUUACACCCGCCGAAUAUCGAUCAGAGACAGCUAAAUUCACGAUCUGGUUUGUUUACCUUUUCGUGGCAAGAUUUUGUACAGUCUACAUUCAUUCGGUGUGCGUCUCGGUGGCUGCUAUCCGUACUACAAAAGCUUUGAGGGUAGACUUUCUUCAGAGCACUCUUCGACAGAAUAUCGCUUUUUUUGACGCGGCAGAAUCUGGCUCAAUUUCCACGCAGGCUGUGGUCAACGGAAACAACGUCAAUAACGGAAUCUCAGAGAAGCUGACACUGACCAUACAGGCACUGUCACAGUUCGUCUCUGCUUUUGUCGUUGCCUUCGCAGUCCAGUGGAAGCUCACUUUCAUACUCUUGAGUAUUGUUCCGACAAUCAUAGUUGUUACCGGUAUAUGCAUAGGCAUUGAUGUUAAACAGGAAGGAUCGAUUCUCGAAAUCUACUCUCAAGCUUCAUCUCUGGCUGAGGAAAUGUUUUCUACGAUGAGGACAGUUCAUUCAUACUGGCUUCAUCCUCUCUUGUCUCGUAAAUUCGAUGGCUUUCUAGCUGCGGCGAUGAAGAUUGGCAUGAAGAAGUCGCCCAACUACGCAGUUCUCUUCUCCACUGAGUUCUUUUGUGUCUAUGCUGGAUACGGCUUAGCUUUCUGGCGUGGGAUUCGUAUGUUUGCAUCUAGGGAGAUCGAUCAACCAGGCGAAGUAUUCGUUGUGAUCUUUGCAGUUAUCGCUGCUGCUACUGCGUUGACGCAAAUUGCCCCCCAAAUCCUCGUCCUUACGAAGGCUACAUCGGCGGCAGAAGAGCUUUUCCGCACCAUCGACACGAUUUCCGAAAUCGACCCUCUUUCGAAAGAAGGAAAAGUACCUGAGGAAUGUCUAGGAAGUAUAGAGAUCAAGGACGUGCACUUCUCGUAUCCUGCGAGAGCAGACGUUCCUAUUCUUCGUGGUCUCACUUUAUCCAUUCCCUCGAACAAAACCACCGCACUUGUAGGCGCUAGUGGAUGUGGGAAAUCAACAAUCGUCGGAUUGUUGGAGCGAUGGUACAAUCCAGCCAGUGGAUCAAUCACCUUGGAUGGCGUUGCUCUCCAAGACAUCAACCUUAGCUGGCUCCGGUCAAAUAUGCGCCUGGUUCAGCAAGAGCCGGUACUUUUCAGCGGGACCAUAUACGAAAACGUUGCAUAUGGCCUGUAUGGGACUGAAAAGGCUAACCUUACGAAAGACCAGCAACGUGCCCUGGUAGAGCAGGCAUGUCAAGAUGCAUAUGCCGACGAGUUCAUAAACCGACUUCCAAAGGGAUACGAAACAGAGGUCGGUGAACGCGCAGCGAUGUUAUCCGGAGGGCAAAAGCAAAGGCUUGCAAUAGCCCGCAGCAUUGUAUCAGAUCCACGCGUGCUAUUGCUCGAUGAAGCAACCUCUGCACUUGAUCCAAAAGCAGAGCGCAUUGUUCAGAAAGCGCUUGACAACGUCUCAGCAAACCGCACUACGAUAGUAAUUGCCCAUAAACUGUCUACCAUCCGUGGUGCUGACAAUAUUUGCGUACUGUCCAGCGGGAACGUCAUCGAACAAGGUACACAUGAGCAGCUCCUAGAUGCGGAUGGCGCAUACGCGCGUCUUGUGCGCGCCCAGGACCUAGGUCACGCUGGCGAAAAAGAUGAUCCAGAAAAGAGUCAGACAGAAAAGCAGGAUCUGAGCCUUGUUCGCACGCAGACUCAUGUGACGAACGCAGAAGACACCAAAAAAGACCAAGGAAUGCGCGACGGAAUCAAUUAUGGCCUUGUAAAGUGCAUCUAUCUAGUUCUCAGCGAACAAGGAAAACUAUGGCCAUGGUUCAUCCUUCUCACCAUAGCGGCGGUGGCUGGAGGAUUGACCUUCCCGGCCCAGGCAAUCCUGUUCUCUCGUGUUGUGAACGCAUUUCAAUUACCUCCGGGCGAGUCGGUGGAUCAAGGUGACUUUUAUGCCUUGAUGUUCUUCGUAGUCGCGCUUGGGAACUUGGCUGUUUAUGCAAUUAUUGGAUGGGCGAGCAACGUUGUGGCGCAGCAUGUUUCACGCCACUAUAGACUGGAGAUCUUAGAGCUGAUCCUCAAGCAAGACAUGGUUUUCUUUGACGAAGAAGAAAAUGCAGCUGGAGCGCUCUCAUCCCGCCUUUCCCUAUAUCCAAAUAAUCUUGUUGAGUUAUUAGGCUUCAACCUUAUGCUCAUCCUCAUCAGUUGUGUCAAUGUUAUCUCGAGCUCCAUCUUAGCUCUCAUCGUUGGGUGGAAGCUUGGUUUGGUGGUGGUAUUUGGAGCCCUACCCCCGAUGAUAACGGCGGGAUAUCUUCGCAUUCGAUUGGAAUUCAAACUAGAAGAGGCAACAAGCAAACGUUUCUCGAGUAGCGCUGCGCUUGCUUCUGAAGCUGUAUCCGCUAUACGCACAGUCUCCUCGCUGGUACUGGAACGAUAUAUCAUGGAGAAGUACCACGAGCGCCUUGAUGGAGUUGCCGGACGGUCUGUAAAGGCUUUGAUAUGGACCAUGUUCUGGUAUGCCCUGACACAGUCUAUCAAUUUCUUGGCCAUGGCCUUGGGAUUCUGGUACGGAGGCCGUCUUAUCUCAUACUACGAAUACACGACUUCGCAAUUCUUCAUCAUUUUCAUAGGAGUGAUAUUCGCCGGUGAGGCAGCAGCAUCCUUUUUCUCAUAUACUACGAGCAUCACGAAGGCCCAAACGGCCGCAAACUACCUGUUCUGGCUACGAAGGCUCGAACCAACAGUGAAGGAGGACCCAAGCAAACCACCGCAUGGUGACAGGGAUGAAAAAGAGGAGCCAACUCGCAUUGAAUGCCAGGAGGUCAACUUUGUUUACGCAAGCCGAGCCAAUUCGAAGGUAUUGGAUGGCAUUGAUAUCGAUGUGCAACCCGGACAGCACAUCGCCCUUGUUGGGGCAUCGGGCUGUGGCAAAUCCACAAUGAUAGCUCUUCUCGAACGUUUCUACGAUCCGAUAUCUGGAAAAAUCAAUUUCAAUGGGUUGUCCCUAGCCGAUCUGUGUCCCCGAAAGUUCCGCUGUAGGGUUUCCCUAGUACAACAGGAGCCCGUUCUGUACCAGGGUUCCAUCCGAGAAAAUAUAGCUAUGGGUGUCGAUGAAGAUGUCACUGAUGCGCAGAUUGAAGACGCUGCCCGGCAAUCGAAUAUCUUGGAUUUCAUCACCUCCUUACCCGAGGGAUUCGCAACGAUGUGUGGAAACAGGGGGACGCAACUCUCAGGAGGCCAGCGACAACGUAUCGUCAUCGCGCGGGCUUUGAUUCGGCAACCGAAACUCCUUCUUCUUGACGAGGCAACAUCGGCCCUGGACACGGAAAGUGAAAAGGUGGUUCAGCUGGCGCUGGCGAAAGCACGAUCAGGGCGAACGACUGUCGCAGUCGCACAUCGAUUGAGUACAAUCAAAGAUGCGGAUGUUAUCUUGGUGUUUUCCAAGGGUCAAAUCGCGGAAAAGGGUACACACUCAGAACUUUUAUCCAAACGAGGCAUGUACUAUGAAAUGAGUCUCGGCCAGAGUCUUGACAGGAGUAUUCCGGCUUAGUCCAAGGGAUAGACGGCAUGUACUAUAUUUAAUGUAAUCAUAUCUUCUCUCUAUUGCCAGAGUCCUUCGGACUCUGCACGUGGCAAUCAUUAAUAAAAUAAACGUGUACCUACCUAUAAGUCGCUUUAUGAGGAAGGAUACAAUUAGAACCUUGGUACUUGUUUCGACCCCUGCGUGUAUGAAUUACAGCUAACUUCCUGUACUUGGAUCUGCUAUUGAUGGGUAUUUAUCUGAAGUGGGCAGGCAGUGGUUCGUUCUGCUCAU